GUGCUAACUUCCGGCCGGACAGCGUUGUGUGCGCAUUCUCGCGAAGCUAAGUCGAGUGAAGUGGCCAGCCCAUCUGAAGACUUAUCAAGGCCGCUUAAUAGUUCACAUAUCUGCGACUGAAGCCAUGUCAACCGACUCGUGGGCUCUAUCUGUGGACGAUCAAGAGUCUACAGCCAAGUCUAUUGGGAAAUUGCGGAUUAAGGAAGCGGGAGAUGCAAAUAUACGCCAGCCUGAUGGUGAUGGUGACAAAUCCGAUGAAGAAGAAAAAGAGGACAGAGCCUCACAGUCUCUCCUAAACAAGCUGAUCAGAAGCAAUGUGGUCAACAACACGAACCAAGUGGAGGUUCUUCAGAGGGACCCAAACUCACCACUUUAUUCAGUCAAGACCUUUGAGGAGCUGAGACUGAAACCUCAGUUGCUCAAAGGCGUCUAUGAAAUGGGCUUCAACAGACCUUCUAAAAUCCAAGAGAAUGCCCUUCCCAUGAUGCUCGCCGAACCACCUCAGAAUCUGAUUGCUCAGUCUCAGUCUGGCACUGGUAAAACAGCUGCCUUCGUGCUGGCCAUGCUCAGUCAUGUGGACCCAAGCUUAAAAUGGCCUCAGUGUUUGUGCAUUUCUCCCACAUAUGAGCUCGCUCUGCAGACGGGUAAAGUCAUUGAGCAGAUGGGCAAGUUCUAUUCAGAAGUCAAGCUGGCAUAUGCUGUUCGAGGACAUAAAAUGGAUCGUGGCGUUAAGAUCAAGGAGCAGAUCGUCAUCGGCACACCCGGGACGGUUCUGGACUGGUGCGUUAAGCUGAAGCUCAUUGACCCGAAAAAGAUCAAAGUGUUUGUUCUGGACGAGGCUGAUGUGAUGAUCGCCACACAGGGACACCAGGACCAGAGCAUCCGCAUUCAGAGAAUGCUGCCCAAAGGCUGUCAGAUGUUACUUUUCUCUGCCACCUUUGAGGACUCUGUGUGGAAAUUUGCUGAGCGGGUUGUGCCAGAUCCCAACAUCAUCAAGCUUAAACGUGAAGAGGAGACCCUGGACACUAUCAAGCAGUACUACGUGCUCUGCAACAGCAAGGAGGACAAGUUCAACGCACUCUGUAACAUCUACGGAGCCAUCACUAUAGCACAAGCUAUGAUCUUCUGUCAUACUCGGAAAACAGCCAAUUGGCUCGCCGGCCAGCUGUCUAAAGAGGGCCACCAGGUGGCGCUCCUCAGUGGGGAAAUGGUAGUCGAGCAGAGAGCUGCAGUUAUUGAACGGUUUAGAGACGGCAAGGAAAAAGUUCUCAUCACUACUAAUGUCUGUGCAAGAGGUAUUGAUGUUGAACAAGUGUCAGUGGUGAUCAACUUUGACCUUCCACUGGACAAAGACGGCAAUCCAGACAAUGAAACAUACCUCCACCGGAUCGGCAGAACGGGACGUUUUGGUAAGAGAGGACUUGCUGUCAACAUGGUGGACAGUCAGCGCAGCAUGGAGAUUCUCAAGACAUAUGAAAAGCAUUUUAGUAAGUGUUUCCAUUAG